ACAGACAUUCGCAUACUACACAAACCAAAAUAAAACAUGUUUAUUAUGAGCCUUGGUGAGCCGCCAAUCACACAACAAAAACAAUCUCCACCACGUGCCAAGAAACAAAUUUUGAAAAACUUGUUCAAUAAGGGUCAAAUUGCCGGAAUUAGAGUGCUAGGCAGGAGAAGGAAACAAGAAGGCUAUUACAAUAGGUACUGAAUGAUAAGACAAAUGGACAAUCAACAGAGGCUGGAUUCUCAGAACGGUGACAAUUUGUCCGAACGGAUUUGCUCAGUCAAAAUUAAAGACGACGGAGGGGAGGAAGAGCAUAGCAAUCCUGCUGCUGAUGAGGACGCCCCUUCCAAACCGUCCCGAACUAGAUCCAGGUCAAGGAGUAAACUUCGUGCCGGUUAUGAAGAGGCGAAUGAUCUUUUCGACGACGGGAAAUAUUCGCAAGCUUAUAAAAAGUUUGCAAUUGUAUUUGACGGGCGAAAAUCGAGCCUGGGUCCUGACCAUGUCGAUACUUUGGAAGCCAGAAACAAAAUGGCAUUAGCAUUAGAUGCGGACGAAAAAUAUGUGGAGGCGUUCAAAAUGUACAGUGAAGUUUAUCUAGGAAGGAAGAAGGUGUUGGGCGAAGAUGAUCCCGAUACAAUUCAAACGCAACACGACAUGGCUGCCGUUAGAGCAAAUCAGCAAAAGUAUGACUUGGCUGUGAAACUUUUUGAAGAAGUGUAUGCCAAGAGAAGGGCAGUGCUUGGGAAGAACCAUCCAAAUACUCUCAUGACGCGCCAUGAGUUGGCAUCGGCUCUGGAUGACCAUGGGAAGAGGAAGGAAGCUGGCAAGAUUUACAAGAAGGUGUACAAAUCUAGACAAGAAGUGCUUGGAGAGGAAGCAGCCGAAACGUUAGAUACUGGACAUGAGCUUGCUAGCAACUUGGAAGAUAUGGAUAAGCAUGACGAAGCUUUGCAACUUUACGAAAAGGUUUGGCAAGGACGGACGCGAACUUUGGGGGAAGAAGACCCAAACACUUUGGAAACAAGGCAUGAGAUGGCUGGAGUAUUGCACUCUAUGGAGAAAUAUGACGAAUCCCUUAAAGUUUAUGAAGAAGUUGUAGCUCUACGGGUGAAAGUAUUGGGUGAGGAUGACUGUGACACGUUGGAAUCACAACAUGAAAUGGGAAUGGUGCUGGCGGAAUAUGGCAAGCCACAGGAAGCAUUGGAAAUUUUGGAGAAAGUUUACCAACAGAGACGAGAAGCUUCUGGGGCACAUAAUGACGAGACUUUAGAAACUGGCCACGAGCUUGGUUGUGUGAUGAAGACAUUAGGCAAGUUCAAAGAAGGGCUCCAAAUGUUAAAGAAAAUUCAUUCCGGAAGGCGACAAGAGCUCGGAGACGACGAUCCCGAUACAUUAGAUACUGCGUUUGAAAUCGGGGAUAUGCACCUAUUAGAGAAGAGAUAUGGAGAAGCUGUCAAAAUAUUGCAAGAUGUCUACAAAGCAAGGAAACGAGUCCUGGGAAAGGAUGACGUGGAGACGUUGGACUGCGGCCAUAAAUUGGGAAUGGCCUUGAGCGGUCAAGGAAAAAGUAAGGAUGCGACCAAAAUCUUUACAGAAGUGUACGAGCUAAGAAAAAGUACUUUGGGUGAAGAUAACAAGGAUACUUUGGAAACUUUAGCCAUGAUGGGAGGCAACAAACAGGCCAGGAAACAAAGUUCUUAAUAAUUUGAUUAUAGUAAUUAUUCAAUUAAAUAAUGACCGUAAUUGUUGAACCUAUUUUUCAUGGAAAAUAAAAUUAUUGUUCGUAAUAUUAAA